AUGGGGACUGACAGUGAAAACCCAGUCCUGAGAAACGUGCUCAUCAGCUUCAACUUGUUGCUGCUGGGUGCUGUCCUGAAGCCAUUCGAGUGCCGGCUGGAGGUGACAACAGAGCCAGCCGAGAGGCCAGCAGUAGAUGAGGAGGGGGGCCUGGCCAACUGCAGUCCACCCAUCAAAGAGCAGCCCAUGGUCUUCCACCACAUUUACAACAUCAACGUCCCCGUGGACAGCUGCUGCUCCUCCAUGCUCAGGUCUUCGGCUGAGGAGCUGAGUUCAGAAGACGACAGGCUGGCGGAGUACACAGAGCAGACCUCCGACAGCGAGAGCCAGGUCACCUUCACCCACAGGAUAAAUUUGCCCAAGCAAGCCUGUAAGUGCUCCACCUCCCUCCCGUCCCUGCAGGAGCUGCUGAGCAGGAUUGAGAUGCUGGAGAGGGAGGUCUCCAUGCUCCGGGACCAAUGCAACUCCAAUUGCUGCCAAGAAAAUGCAGCCACAGGACGCCUGGAUUACACCUUACCGUGCAGCGGUCACGGGAACUUCAGCCUUGAGUCGUGCCGCUGCGUCUGCAGCGAGGGCUGGGCGGGCAGCAACUGCUCAGAGCCACGCUGCCCAAGGGGCUGCUCCAGCCGUGGGGUGUGCCUGGAGGGUCAGUGUGUGUGUGACAACGACUACGGCGGUGAGGAUUGCUCCCAGCUCCGCUGCCCCGCCGGCUGCGGCUCCCGUGGGCUCUGCGUGGAUGGAGAAUGCAUCUGCGAGGAGGGCUUCGGUGGGGAUGACUGCUCUCAGCCCCGCUGCCCCCGCGAUUGCUCGGGAAGGGGACACUGUGACAACGGCACCUGUGUGUGCGCCGAGGGCUAUGCUGGGGAGGACUGCGGGUGGCUGCGGUGUCCCAACGCCUGCAGUGGACGAGGUGUCUGCCAGGAUGGCCUCUGCGUCUGUGAGGAUGGCUACGGAGGGCAGGACUGCUCGGCAGUGGCUCCUCCUGAAAACCUGCGUGUGACAGGGAUCAGCGAUGGCUCCAUUGAGCUGGCAUGGGACAGCCCCGGGGCAGCCACUGAGUACGUGGUAUCAUACCAGGCAGCGGGGCCAGGGGGAUCCCAGCUCCAGCAGCGGGUGCCUGGGGACUGGAGCACCAUCACCAUCACGGAGCUGGAGCCAGGCGUCGCCUACAACAUCAGUAUCUACGCAGUCAUCAGCGAUGUCUUGAGCAGCCCUGUCACCACCAAGGUGACAACCAACUUGGCCACUCCGCAGGGGCUGAAGUUCAAGACCAUCACAGAGACGACCGUGGAGGUGCAGUGGGAACCCUUCUCCUUCCCUUUUGAUGGCUGGGAAAUCAGCUUCAUCCCCAAGAACAACGAGGGUGGUGUGAUUGCCCAGCUCCCCAGCACCGUCACCACCUUCAACCAGACUGGGCUGAAGCCAGGCGAGGAGUACACUGUCACUGUGGUGGCUCUGAAGGACCAAGCCAGGAGCCCCCCGGCCUCUGACAGCAUCUCCACCCUCAUCGACGGCCCGACGCAGAUCCUGGUGCGGGACAUCUCCGACACGGUGGCCUUUGUGGAGUGGACUCCGCCUCGCGCCCGGGUGGACGCCAUCCUGCUGAAGUACGGGCUGGCGGACGGGGAGGGCGGGAGGACCACCUUCCGCCUGCAGCCCCCCCUCAGCCAGUACUCCCUGCAGGCCCUGCGGCCCGGCGCCCGCUACCACCUCGCUGUCAGCGCCCUCCGGGGUGCCAACGAGAGCCAGCCGGCCCUCACUCAGUUCACCACAGAGAUCGAUGCACCCAAGAACCUACGGGUGGGCUCACGGACCCCCGCCAGCCUCGAGCUCACCUGGGACAACAGCGAGGCAGAGGCACACAGCUAUAGGGUGGUCUACAGCACUCUGGCUGGAGAGCAUUACCACGAGGUUCUGGUGCCACGGGACACUGGCCCCACCACCCGGGCCACUCUUGCAGAUCUGGUGCCAGGGACAGAAUAUGGCAUUGGGAUUUCAGCUGUGAUGGACAGCCAGCAGAGCGUGCCAGCGACCAUGAAUGCUAGGACAGAGCUUGAUAGCCCCCGGGACCUCAUGGUAACAGCUUCCACGGAGACGUCCAUCUCACUGUCCUGGACCAAAGCCAUGGGUCCCAUUGACCACUACCGUGUCACCUUUACCCCUGCCUCGGGGAUGGCCUCUGAGGUGACAGUGUCCCGUGAUGAGUCGCAGCUCACCCUCUCUGAGCUGGAGCCAGGGACAGAGUAUACCAUCUCCAUCAUCGCUGAGAGGGGACGUCAGCAGAGCCUAGAGGCCACCGUGGAUGCUUUCACAGGGGUCCGGCCCAUCACGCAGCUGCACUUCUCCCAGCUGACAUCCUCAAGUGUGAACAUCACGUGGAGCGAUCCGUCCCCCCCUGCAGACCGCCUGGUCCUCACCUACAGCCCCCGGGAUGAGGAGGCAGCACAGCAGCUGGCACUUGAUGGCACCCGCAGGCAUGCCAGCCUCACGGGUCUGCGGCCAUCCACCGAGUACCUUGUGUCCCUAGUGGCUGUCCAUGGUGCAGUCAGCUCUGAGCCUGUCACAGGCUCCAUCACGACAGGGAUGGAUGCACCAAAGGACCUCAGAGUGGGCAACAUCACUCAGGACUCCAUGGUCAUCUAUUGGAGCCCUCCUGUUGCUCCCUUUGAUCACUACAGAAUAUCCUACCGUGCUGCUGAAGGGAGGACAGACAGCACAGCCAUCGGCAGCGAUGCCACCGAGUACACCAUCCGCCUUCUGCAGCCUGCCACCAAGUACGAGAUUGGAGUGAAGAGUGUGCGGGGCCGGGAGGAGAGCGAGGUGGCCUCCAUCACCACAUACACAGCCAUGGAUGCCCCGCUGGGUGUCACCGCCACCAACAUCACCCCCACCGAGGCACUGCUGCAGUGGAACCCGCCGCUCAUGGAUGUGGAGAGCUAUGUCCUCGUCCUCACCCGCCACACAGUUGCAGGAGAAACAAUUCUGGUGGAUGGAAUCAACCAGGAAUACCAGCUGACCAACCUUCAGCCCAGCACCACCUACACGGUUGCCAUGUAUGCCACCAAUGGGCCCCUCACCAGCCAGACCAUCAGCACCAACUUCACAACCCUUUUGGAUCCUCCAACAAACCUGACUGCAAGCGAGGUCACCCGACGGAGUGCACUGCUCUCCUGGGUGCCUCCCGUGGGAGACAUCGAGAACUACGUCCUGACCUACAGAUCAACUGAUGGAAGUCGCAAGGAGCUGAUUGUGGAUGCUGAGGACACGUGGAUCCGCCUGGAGGGUCUUUCUGAGACCACUGAGUACACAGUGCGCCUGCAGGCUGCCCAAAACGCCAUGCGGAGCAGCUUCAUCUCCACCACCUUCACCACAGGUGGCCGUGUCUUUGCCAACCCUCAGGACUGUGCCCAGCACUUGAUGAACGGAGACACGCUGAGCGGUGUCUACACCAUCUCCAUCAACGGGGACCUCAGCCAGCGGGUGCAGGUGUUCUGUGACAUGAGCACGGACGGCGGGGGCUGGAUUGUCUUCCAAAGGCGGCAGAAUGGGCUGACUGACUUCUUCCGAAAAUGGGCAGAUUACCGGGUCGGCUUUGGGAACUUGGAGGAUGAGUUUUGGCUGGGCUUGGACAACAUCCACAAGAUCACAUCGCAGGGACGCUACGAGCUGCGCAUAGACAUGAGGGAUGGCCAGGAAGCAGCAUAUGCUUACUAUGACAAAUUCUCCAUCGGUGACUCCCGGAGCCUCUACAAGCUCCGGAUAGGAGACUACAAUGGCACUUCUGGGGACUCCCUCACCUACCACCAGGGCCGUCCCUUCUCCACCAAGGACAGGGACAACGACGUGGCCGUGACCAACUGUGCCAUGUCCUACAAGGGGGCUUGGUGGUAUAAGAACUGCCACCGGACCAACCUCAACGGCAAGUACGGAGAGUCCAGGCACAGUCAGGGAAUUAACUGGUACCAUUGGAAAGGCCAUGAGUUCUCCAUCCCCUUUGUGGAAAUGAAGAUGCGACCUUACAACCACCGUAACAUCUCUGGGAGGAAGCGACGGUCCCUACAGCUCUGAGCCAGCAGAACUCCCUUCCCACCACCUGACCUUUUCUGUCAUUUGUUUGUAUUUUAUAAUAUGAAAAGGGGAAAAACAAAAAUACUUCUCCUCUGAGAUAGCAACCUACCC